UGUUCCCAGAUGGCAGGAGGAACCUUCGCCUUAUAUGGUAAAACAGAUACCAAAUCGUUUAGCAUUAUACAAUCCUUUAGUAAUGCUUUUCAUAUGCCUUAUGUGACAUUCAGUUUGUGUGGGUCGGCGGAUCAAAAAGAAAAACCUUAUAUUGUGUUUAUAAAACCAUCUUAUACAGACGCUAUAACUGAUCUUAUCAAAACAUUGAAAUGGUCCAGAAUGGAUUAUAUUUAUGAUUCAGACGAAGGUAAGUGCUUUUAA